AUGGCUGGAGACCAUCAUGAACACGCGCACCAUCCGGCGCACCUCAAGCACAGUCACGCUCAUGAAGAGGACAUUCCUGGAACUGUGAACUUGCAGGCUCAAGAGGGUGAUGAUACUGGCUAUGGACAAGCUCUGUUUCCCGUCCCGGCAGAUGAUCCCAACGACCCCCUCCAAUGGGGCAAUUUCAAGAAGACCAUGAUCUUGUGUAUCUGCGCCGCGUACUCUUUCUUGGGCAAUUCGUCGUUGCUGGGCCCUUCGGUCUACAUUGGCAUCUUCUCGGAAUCGUUCGGAAUCGACCCGGCAACUGCUUCGGGAUUGAUCUCAUAUCCCAACUUGGCUUAUGGAUUCGGAUCGCUUCUUCUGGUUCCCAUGUACCUCAAAUUUGGCCGUCGACCUGUGAUGCUGAUCUCGAUCAUCUUCUUUGCUGCUGGUCUGAUCGGUUGCUCACAAUGCAAUUCGUAUGGCACUCUCAUGGCCUGCCGGAUCAUCCACGCUUUCGGAUCGGGAGUCUGCGAGGCACUUCCCGUGCAACUGGUCAACGACAUCUUCUUCCUGCACGAACGCGGCCAGAGGCUGGGCUACUACACGGUUUGCUUGUGCUUGGGCGCGACCGGACCUCUCUAUGCCGGCUAUAUGCUUGCAGGUGGCUACUCGUGGCGCCUGUUCUUCUACGUCGAAUUCGCCUUUGCGUGCGCGUUGUUCAUCCUGGCUUUCUUCUUCGUCGAGGAGACCUGGUACAAGCGCGACGAGAUGAAGAGGCGGCUCGGGGCAGCUGUGGAAGUCUCACCCACGGACGAGAAGGGCGCGUUUACAGAGGUUUCGAACGCCGCCCCACUGCGGAAGACGUUCGUCGAAACCCUGAAGCCAUGGGGCGUCUAUGACCCUGAAGCGGAUUUCUUCAUGACCAUUGCGCGGUCUUUCACCUAUUUCGCCGUCCCCUCGGUGUUCUGGGUCGUGGCGACCUACGGUAUCUACAUUGGUCUCGGAGCUUUGGCAUUCAACUACACUUUCCCUGCCCUGAUCGUGGCCCCCCCUUACAAUUGGUCUCAGACCAACUCCGGCUUGAUCGCCGUGGGUAACGCAGUCGGGUAUCUUCUGGCUGUUCCUUUCACCACCUCGUCCGAUCGACUCGCCGCGUACCUGACGAAGAAGAACGGCGGCAUUCGCGAGGCCGAGAUGCGUCUGGGCGUGCUGCUCCCCGCCAUGUUGAUCGGACCCGCCAGCUUGAUCGUGUACGGCUACACCGCGCAACGCCAACUCCACUGGGUCGGAUACUUUGCGGGUGUGGCCAUGUGCAACUGGUCCGCGUAUUUCUACUUCACCUUCACCCUCGCCUACGCCGUGGACAGCUACACGGUCAACCUGUCGGAAAUGCUGAUCGCCAUGAACCUGGGCAAGCAGGCCAUUUCUUUCGGCUUUGGAUUCAAGAUCCUCGACUGGAUCGUCGAGAGCGGAUACGUCACCAUCAUUGCGGGCGUGUUUUGCGGCGUCUUGGCCGCCAACGACUUCUUGCUCUUGGUGUUUAUGUUCUUCGGGAAGAGGAUCCGCGUGGCCACCAGCAGGACCUGGCUGGCUCGUAUGCACAAGCGCACCCACGUCACGGGUGAGAGUCAUUAG